GCUGUUUGUGUGUCUCAAUAGUUCACUUCAGACAUGAGAGCUGGAAAGACCCAGGGUGCAAUGAUAUACAGAGAGAACAGGCCAGCAUGCGCUCGCUAUGGGAGUGUUAUGCACAGACUAAACCGACGCCAUGGAGAAAGAGAGGUGGAGUUCUGAGGACGCUCCCAGAGCUUCAAUGCCAGACGAGCUAUCUCAUCCGAAGUUCUCCGAAUGGAAAUUUAAGCUCUUUCGGGUCAAGUCCAUGGAGAAAGCCCCGCUCCCGAAUGAAGCACAGGUGGAGAAGGAGAACCUGGCUGAGGUAGAGAUGGUGGGCUCACCGGGCAGUGUAAUGAAGCUUUGCCUUGGAGGCAAGAGUAAGGAGAACGUGGAAGGAGCUCGGGGGAGAGUGGACCUUAAACUGCAGGAGAUUGAUAACCAUAUGAAUCUACUGAAAAGUCUGUGUCGCCUGUGUGGCCUGGCAAUACGUAAGGCUAAAGGUCCAGCGCAUGAGAUUCAAGGAGACUUGGAAGAAUCCAGCAGAUGUGCUUUGCGCAGGAUGGGCUGCAAAUUUGCCACCUGGCCGGAGGUCAUCUCGAAGGUGUUCAAGGUGGACGUUACAACCGACAUGGAGACAGUUCAUCCUUCCCUGUUCUGUCACCGCUGUUGGUCUGCUGCCAUGAGGGGUGGAGGUUUCUGUACCUUCACCAGGACCACGAUCCCGAACUGGGAACCCCACACCUCCCAUUGCAACAUCUGCUUCCCCAGGAAGACCUCGUUCAGGCGGAUGGGAAGGAAGCGAGUCAAGCUGCUAAAAGGUUCACACGGCCUUUCAAAGAGAAUCAAACGUGACUCCCCAACUUCUUCAGGUGUCAAUAAAUUGUGGAGGCUUGCGCCGGAGAAUCUCGGGACAACGGGAGGGAAGGAAUGGCUUAAACCGUCAUUUCAGAGAGGACAGUGGGUAAAAAGCAUCACACACUGUCAGAAAGAUCAUUUGAGCACUAAGCUUGUACCUCAAGAACUCCCAGUGGACCUGAUGUGUGCUUUCACCUGCCAAGUGUGUGAUCACUUGCUUUCUGACCCAGUCCAGUCGCCAUGUCAACACCUGUUCUGCCGUCUCUGCAUUGUAAAGUACAGUCAUGCUUUGGGUCCGAACUGUCCCACCUGCAACCAGCACCUGAACCCAUCUCACUUGACCAGACCGGCAAAGUUUUUCCUCACCACCCUCAACUCUCUACCUCUUCUAUGCCCCAGAGAGGGGUGUGAGGAAUGGGUCAGAUUGGACUCCUUUAGAGAACACUGCCUCAACCACUACCAUUCCAAAGAGUCCCAAGAAGAGCAAACGCCUUCGGAGCAGAACUUAGACAGUUACCUGCCAGUCAACAAGGGCGGGCGUCCUCGGCAACACCUGCUGUCGCUGACCCGUCGAGCCCAAAAGCACCGACUGAGGGACUUGAAGAACCAUGUGAAGAUAUUCGCCGAUAAGGAAGAAGGUGGAGAUGUGAAGUCGGUCUGUUUGACGCUCUUUCUUCUGGCGCUGAGAGCUGGGAAUGAACAUAAACAGGCAGAUGAGCUGGAAGCCACUAUGCAAGGCAGAGGAUUCGGUCUCCAUCCUGCUGUGUGUUUAGCUAUAAGGGUCAAUACCUUUCUCAGCUGCAGUCAAUACCACAAGAUGUACCGCACUGUCAAGGCUACAAGCGGGCGCCAGAUAUUUCAGCCUCUGCACACCCUUCGCAAUGCUGAGAAAGAGCUUCUUCCAGGCUACCACCAGUUUGAAUGGCAGCCAGCUCUGAAAAAUGUUUCCACCUCCUGGGAUGUGGGAAUCAUCGAUGGCCUCUCGGGUUGGACUUCCUCCGUGGAUGAUGUCCCUGCGGACACCAUCGCAAGAAGAUUCCGCUAUGAUGUGGCACUAGUUUCUGCUUUAAAAGACUUGGAGGAGGACAUCAUGGAGGGGUUGAGAGAGAGGGGCCUGGAUGACAGCACAUGCACCUCUGGUUUUACCGUGGUGGUAAAGGAAUCGUGUGACGGUAUGGGAGAUGUUAGCGAGAAGCAUGGAUCUGGCCCAGCGGUGCCUGAAAAGGCAGUAAGGUUUUCCUUUACAAUCAUGUCCAUUUCCAUUCGAGCUGAAGGUGAGGAGGACGCCAUCACGAUCUUCCAAGAACAGAAGCCAAACUCGGAGCUCUCCUGCAGACCUCUGUGUCUCAUGUUUGUGGACGAGUCAGACCACGAAACCCUCACGGCCAUCUUGGGACCAGUGGUGGCAGAGCGGAAAGCCAUGCUGGAAAGUCGGCUGAUUCUCUCUGUUGGCGGUUUGCUACGUUCCUUUAGGUUUUUCUUCCGAGGCACAGGCUACGAUGAGAAGAUGGUACGUGAAAUGGAAGGCCUAGAGGCUUCUGGUUCCACGUAUGUGUGUACUCUCUGUGAUUCGACUCGAGCCGAGGCUUCUCAGAACAUGGUGCUGCAUUCCAUCACACGCUGCCACGGUGAAAACCUUGAGCGUUACGAAAUCUGGAGGACAAAUCCCUUCUCAGAAUCAGCCGAUGAACUCCGUGACCGGGUCAAGGGUGUUUCUGCCAAGCCUUUCAUGGAGACUCAGCCCACCCUGGAUGCCUUGCACUGUGACAUAGGAAACGCAACCGAAUUCUACAAAAUCUUUCAGGAUGAGAUCGGCGAGGUCUUCCUGCAGAGCAAUCCGAGUCGAGAGGAGCGCAGACGCUGGCGUUCAGCCCUGGACAAGCAGCUGAGGAAGAAACUAAAGCUCAAGCCCGUGAUGAGAAUGAACGGAAACUUCGCCCGCAAACUGAUGACACGUGAAGCCGCGGAGGCGGUCUGCGAGCUUAUUCCUUCUGAGGAACGUCGCGAGGCUCUGUUGAAGCUGAUGGAUCUCUACCUCCAGAUGAAGCCCGUGUGGAGGUCCACCUAUCCUUCACGAGACUGCCCAGACCAACUGUGUCAAUAUAGCUACAAUUCGCAGCAGUUCGCAGAUCUCCUUUCAACUACAUUCAAGUACCGUUACGAUGGAAAAAUCACCAACUACCUACAUAAGACUCUAGCCCAUGUUCCCGAGAUCAUUGAGAGAGAUGGGUCGAUCGGAGCGUGGGCCAGCGAAGGAAACGAGUCCGGGAACAAACUGUUUCGUCGUUUUCGUAAAAUGAAUGCGAGGCAGUCGAAAACCUUUGAACUUGAAGAUGUACUGAAACACCACUGGUUGUACACCUCAAAGUAUCUACAGAAAUUUAUGGAGGCUCACAAGAAUUCAGCUAAAGCUUUGCAGGCCACAAUCAACCCAGAAGAGAUCCCAGAAGAAGUUGACCUGGAUCUUGAAAUCCCAGAUUUUUAAGUCAUUUAUUAAAUAAGUAAAUAAAUAAUUUCCUUUGAUUGACUUUCUUUAAUGCACAUUCAUUUCUUGCUAAUGAAAAUAUUAAGUAAAUGACUUUAUUUCUUGAGAGAUGCAAUAUCAGGUGUGAUAGUUGUAUUGUUUACUUGAUCUUUUUUUUCUUGAAGCUCUACAUAAAAGCGAGCAAAUUUGUUUCAUGGCAGAGAUAAAAUUGUAUAGGAAGGGUUAUUUCUUCUCCCCAGCUUUUACAGGCAAAUGUUCUGUGUUUUAUUUCUUGCUGCUUGUGAAAUAUGGGGGAGUUUAUUGUAUUGUGACACUUCCAUGAAUUCAUACAGAAGGGUUAUUUAUGAAAACAUAGGAGGCAACUGUAAGUCACUGCAUGAAAUUACGUUAAAGAAGCCGCACAUUUAUGAUGGAUAUAUUAAUAUAUCACCAAAGACAAAAACAAAAUGUAAUUAGAAACUUGGUUGCAGGAAGCAUUGAGGUGAUUUUAUCAUCACAAUAUUCUGAUGGUGAUCCACUGGGCCACAAAGAAUUCUGAAGGACACUUUAUUACAGUAUUUGCACAUGCAUGUUAAUCCUCUCAUGUUAUCUACCUCAGUCUUCAAUCCUACAGUUACCAAAGGACAUUUGCACCACCUCAUUGACACAAACACUUAUUGAUUUAUAUCAGAUUUACUUUCUUUAUGAUUUUGUGUAACAGUACACCUCAUAAAAGUUUACCUCAUUUUAUUAAUGAUGAAUUUGUUAGUACUAGUUUUUCCAUUUCAUUGCAUUUACUGUACAUUGAGAUGAUUUAAUUGACUUUUUUACUUUAUGAUUACAUUUUAAAUUCUUUUGACUUGAUUUCUUUGAUAUCCUACAUAUGAGUAAUUAAAAUGCUUGUAUUUGUUUUAGUAACUUUGGGUACUCCUGCUAUCUUCAGGAGUUCCUUGUUAACCAAAGAUCUCGUAAUUACAGAAAAGUGUAAAACUAAGUAAAAUCUUGAUUGCAAGAUUGCCUUUUAUCUUAUUUCCUUUAAAAUUACUGUAAUGUUUGCAUUGAAAUGUUCCAAUGUUCCUUAAU